AGAGUCAGCCCAGGCAGGCAAAUCGCUCCUCACCCUCUCGUCCCUCGCGGGAUGGACAGAGCCUUUGUGGGACUGCAGAGCCACAAGCUGCCUGGGAAGAUGCUGGCUCCCUCCGUCCAUCCGCUCCUCUGGCUCUUCGGCUGCGUGCUGUUCCAAGGUACUACAGCCUCCACAGACUCCUCUGUCCACACCAUAACAGGUCAAUCCCAAACAACAACACACAGCCCUGAAGUGAAGAGCCACACCUCAGCACCUUCAGCAAAAUCAACACCACCAACUGACCUGAAUCUCAACUCUGUGGGUCAAAAAACUACAGCCAAAUCCUCUGCCAUCACUACAACACUGCUAGCAUUGACCACACGAGUUGAAAACUCUACUGGAAGCAGAAGCACAGCAGCUUCACCACCUCAAGGUGAAGAAACCAAGACAAGCGAGAGUACCACACUAUCAGCAACACAAGGUGCUUCCUCCUUCCACUCACAGAGAGGUACCUCAAAGCCAGCCACCCCAACACCCGAGUCCUCUGGCCAGUUGCCUGUGCCCACUCCGACAGACGAUAAAUCACCCCUGACAGUGGCAGCUUUCGGUGUUAUCAGCUUCAUCGUUAUCCUGAUAGUGGUUGUGAUCAUUCUGGUCAGCGUGGUCAGCCUGAGGUUCAAGUGUAACCAUGCAAAGGACUCAGAAGACAAACAGAAACCGGGGACCUCCAUGGUAUCAGAGAGCUGCUCAGCAGGCACAAGCCAGAAGGAUAACAGCAUCACUCUGAUCUCCAUGAAGAACAUCAACAUGAACAACAGCAUGAGCUACCCACCGUCAGAAAAGGUGCUAUGAAGCCAAAGGCCCAGAGCUUGAAGCUGACAUGUGACAACCAGCAGUGGCUUUCUAGGUUCUUUUUUUUUUGCCCUUGGAGAAAGAGCAAGGGUGGACUUUAUAUAUAAAUUAUUAUGUCCUUUCUACAUUUACAGUAGCAUUCCACACAGCUUCCUCACCUGACAUCUAAGGGCUUUCUCCAGCUACAGCCUGCCAUGCUCAAUGGUUGAUAUCUAACUCUAUUUUUAUAUGCCUUCAAAUCCUCAGAUUAUUCCAGCAGAGAGAAGCACCAAGGAACCAUCUACUCGGCUAAUGAAUUGCUGCCUUAGAUCAAUGGCCUUUGCAGCCUGUGCCAGGCAGUCACAGGCUCAUUAAUCAGCACAGCUCAGUGCUGAGGCAAACCUGUGCAUUAGAGAAGCACGAUCUGAAGCUGAAGGCCUAUUGGGGUGUAAAUGCCCAAGUGCUAGGUCAAAUCCCAGCAGGAUCGCUCCAAGCCCCUUUAUCCCUGGUGCCCUCAUAUUCCCUCUGUGGUGAGGAUGAUCAUAACCACCUACCUCACAGGGCUGUUGUGAGGCUAUGUUAAUCCAUGUCUGUAAAGCAUUCGGAGAACCAUGAAUUAAAGG